AUGGCGCAGCCGCAGUCCGUCGCGCGGGGCCUCGGCCAGCACACGGGCAUGGAGCCCGUGCUCAGCCUGCUCGGCAUCGGCCCCUCGGGCCGCGCCCUGGGCAUGCAGGCGGGUUUGGUCGCCGCGUCGGGCGGCGCCCUUCUCCAGGCCCUCACGAUCACGGCGGCCUGCGCCAAGAGCGAGUGGGGCGUCGGCGAGUCGCGGGGCGCGCGCCUGUCGACGGGCGUCAUCGUCGGGCAGAUCGUCGGCGCGGUUUUAUGGGCGGCGACCGCGGACGUCGUCGGCCGCAAGGAGGCGUGCUGCCUGAGCUGCGUCGUCGGCGCGGGCGGCGCGGUCGUCUGCGCGUUCGCGGCGAGCUUCGACGUGCUCGUCGUCGCGUCGGCCGUCGUCGGCGUCGCCGUCGCCGGCACGACGCUCGGGCCCUACGUGCUCGCCGUCGAGCGCGCGCCCGCGGCGAGCCGCGGCGCGUUCGCGACGACCCUGGCGCUCUUCGCCGCGCUCGGGUCCGCGGGCGCGGCGCUGGCCCACGCGCUCAUCGCCGGCGGCGUCGACGUCGUCUCCGCCGUCGGCGCCUCCGACGGCGCGGCCGUCGGCGCGCAGUGGCGCGGCGUCUGCGCCGUCGUCGCGCUCGCGCCGUUCGGCGCCGCGGUGUCGUGCUCGAAGCGCCUGCCCGAGUCGCUGCGCUGGCUCGUCCAGCGGCGGCGCUUCGCCGCCGCGCGCCGCGAGCUCGACCGGGCCGCCGCGGCGAACUUCGCGGGCGCGGCCGGUAGGCGCCGCGACGUCCUCUCUGUCUUCGACGCGGCCGCGCGCGCGCCGCGGCCCGCGGACGCGGCGCCGCGCGCGGCCGCGUGCCGCGUCGCGCGGUCCGCGGCGUCCGUCGCGUCGCUCUGCGCCUGCGGGCUCGAGUUCCUCCUCGCCUUUGGGUUCUUUUCCGUAUUGUCCCUCGUGCGCCUCGAGUUCGACGCCGACGGCCGCGCGGCCGCGUCCGCGUUCUACGCGACCCCGCGGCGCCUCGACGCCGCGGAGCCCUGCGCGGCCGUCGACUACGGCAUCGUCGCGUCGGCGCUCCUGUCCGAGGUGCUCGGGGCGUUGGCCGCGCGGCACCUCGUCGACCGCCUCGGCCGGCGGCUCACGCUCGCGGCGUGCUUCGCGCUCGCGGCGCUCGGCGUGCUCGCGCUCGCGGCGCCGGAGUACGUCGCGAGCCUGGACCCGCUGAGCCGCGACGCGCUCGUCGUCGCCAUGAUGACGUCGCGCGGCGCGCUCUACGGCGCCGACGCCGUCGCGACGGUUUUUGUCGCGGAGAUGCACGGCACCGAGUCCCGCUUCGCCGCGCUCGCGGUCGCGUACGCGGCCGCGCGCCUCGGCGGCCUCGUGUCCGCGUCCUGGGUCGUGUCGCCGAACCCGCUGUCCACCGUGUCGCUCCUCGUGACCCUCGUCAACGUCUCCGCGGCCUGGGCCGCGCUCGCGAUGCCCUCGGAGACGGCGCUCGCGCCGCUCGACGGCGCGGAGCCGCCGCCGCCCAAGCUGCCGCCGCCCCAGGCGCCGGCGCCGCCGGCGCCGCCCGUGGCCGCCGCCGUGCCCGCGGCGGCGGCGGCGAACCCCUUCGACGACGACGUCCUCCGCGACGCCGCGCCGUCGCCGCCGCCCCAGGCGGUCGUCGACGGCGAGAAGACGCCCCUCCUCACCUAA